UGGACCUCCUACCUUCUCAUCCUAAUUUCCAUCUCUGUUCGUCGUCUCUCACUCGCUCUUUUUCCAACUUCGUUACUUUUCUCGCUUCCAGGGUUUUCGCAGGUUUUUCCCUCUGUUUAGAGGAUCUUCGUCCUUGCAUGGCAGUGAGCUUGCUGGGUCAUGAGGUAUCCGACCUCUGCCUUGGAAAACCGGCGCUGAGGUCGCUCUCGAUCUCUGCCACCAUUGGCGACGCGUUGUCGGUGCUCAAGAGCUCAGAAGAGAACUAUCUCAGCCUGUGGAGCUGCGAUCACUCAUCAAAGCCCAAGGUCGACUUCGAAGAUUGUCGAUGUAUCGGGAAGAUUUGCAUGGUUGAUGUUAUCUGCUUUCUCUGUAAGGAGGAGAACCUUGCGUGUCCUUCUUCUGCGCUUAAAUCUCCGAUCUCUGUUCUUCUUCCCAAGGCUGCAGGGAUUGUGAGGCAUGUUGAGCCACAUUUCAGCUUGUUAGAUGCGAUUCGUCUCAUUCUCGAAGGAGCCCAGAACCUGAUCGUUCCAAUACAGAGCAGCAUCAGCAAUAAUUCAAGGAAAAAGCUCCUCCAGAAAUCUUCGUUCGGUCCUACACUCCACAACGGCCGGGAGUUCUGCUGGCUCACUCAGGAGGACGUGAUUCGGUUCCUCCUCAGCUCCAUCGGUCUCUUCUCACCCAUCGCGGCGCUGUCCGUCGAAUCUCUCGGCAUCAUCAGCACUGAAGUCCUGGCCGUCGGAUACCACGACCCGGCCUACUCAGCUGUGGACUUGAUCUCCAGUUCCCUGUCUCAGCAGACAUCCGUGGCCGUGGUGGACGACGAUGGGAAAUUAAUAGGGGAGAUCUCCCCAUUCACCCUGGCAAGCUGCGACGAGACCGUCGCAGCAGCGAUCAGGACCCUGUCCGCAGGAGACUUGAUGGCUUACAUCGACUGUGGAGGCCCGCCGGACGACUUGGUCCGAGUGGUGAAGGCGAGGUUGAAAGAGAGAAAGUUGGAGGGAAUGCUGGAGCUGUUGGAGGAAUUCUCUGUUUCUUCGACAUCAUCGUCUUCUUCGAUGUCUUCUUCUUCAGAUGAGGAAUUCGCCUCGUCGCCGACGGCGCCAUUGCGGUCGCGCCGGUAUAGCCGAUCGGGGAGUUACUCGGCAAGGAUGGUGAGGAGGGCGGAGGCGAUCGUGUGCCAUCCAGGGAGCUCGUUGGUGGCGGUGAUGAUACAGGCGCUGGCGCACCGCGUGAAUUACGUGUGGGUCAUUGAAGACGAUUAUAGCCUCGCCGGAAUCGUUACUUUCUCCGAGAUGCUGGACGUCUUCGGUGAUUAUCUGGAGUCCAUGGAGUAGAAGGGAAAAUGAUGGAGAGAGAAAGAGGCUCCAAGUGUUCAAACAGAUGGUGAACACAAAAACUUUCGGAAAUCGGAGAAAAAAAAAAAAAAAGAAAAAGAAAAAUGGAGUGAAUCCGGGGAUGUGAAUAUUUUUCUGAGCUUGUUUGUUUGUGCGUGUAUGAUUUUUGUAUCUUCUCUCCUUGAUGUUUUUGUCUGUUUAAAAAAGAAAAAUCAAAUCGAUUUGAGGCUCUCGGUUGAGACUUGAGAGGCA